AUGGAUGAAAAAGGUUUCUUAAUCGGCGUCCUCGCUAAAGGUAAAAGGAUCUUUUCAAAGAAGGCCUUUGAGCGAGAUGGAAUGAAACAACGGCUUCAAGAUGGAAAUCGCGAAUGGAUUACUACGAUCGCCUGUAUUUGCGCAGAUGGGACCUCGCUAUCUCCAGGUCUUAUUUAUCAAGCCGUAUCUUCAAAACUUCAAGAUUCCUGGCUGCAGGAUUUUGAAGUCUCUCAACAUAAAUGUUUCUUUGCAUCUUCCCCUUCCGGCUGGACAAAUGAUGAGCUAGGAUACGCGUGGUUACGUGAUAUAUUCGAUCGAGAGACUAAAGCGAAAGCGAGAAGACGUUGGAGACUUCUUAUACUUGAUGGUCACGGCUCACACGUCAAUAUGAAGUUUUUUAACUACUGCGAAGCGAAUAAGAUCCUCUUGAUGACGUAUCCGCCUCAUUCUACGCAUUCGCUACAGCCGCUUGACGUUGGAAUCUUUUCGCCGCUCUCAAUCGCGUACAGCAAUGAAUUAGAGCGAUUUCUUCAUACUAGUUUAGGCCUCUGUCAUAUUACGAAAAGAGACUUUUUUCGCCUCUUUUGGCCGUCAUGGGAGAGCGCUUUAUCUACUGAGAAUAUCGCUUCUUCGUGGAAAUCGGUAGGUGUUUGGCCGUUGAAUCCUGAUAUCGUCCUAUCGCGAUUCAAUCGGAAUGAUGAUAAUCGGCCUUCAUCUAGUGAGUCAUCUCGCUCAGUGCUUAGUGCAGAGGAUUGGAGAAAGAUUGAGAGGCUUCUUAAGCACGCAGUUGUUGAUUUAUACGAUCAAAAUGCCAAAAAAUUGAGUUCUACGAUGCAUCAUCUCUCUACAGAGAAUAUCAUCUUGAAACUACGCUGCCAAGGCCUUGAAGAAGCUCUACAAUUAGAGAAGAAGAAGCGCCAGCGAGGGAAGCCUCUUCUUUUUGAAUUACGAGCCCCUGAGGACGGUUUCGCGGUGUUUUACUCCCCUAAAAAGAUUCAGCAAGCUCGUGAUCUUCAAGCGGAGAAAGAUGAAGCUCUACAACUUGCGAAGGCCUCACGAGAAGAGGAAAGGCUUCGUAAGCAGCAAGAGAAGAAAAAUAAGAGGCUUUUAAUUGAAGAACGCAAGCGAAUUCGCGCUUCAAAUAAGGAAAUACGGCUUCGUGAAGCAGAGGAAAAGAAGCGUAAAAGGCAGGAUGAUCAGCUCGCUAAACAAGCGGAUAUACAGCUUCAAAAUGACUUUAAUAUCGCUCAGACAGGCGAGAAUAAGGUCUCUACAACUCCAAAGGCAAAGAAAUCGUGUAAUAGAGUUGCUGCAGAACCUGAGGUUGUUAAUGAGGUCCCCCCAACGCUUAAUCGCAGAGGUAGGCAAAUCCGCCCUCCACAGCGCUUUCGCGAUUAA